AUGUUGCCCUCACGCAAAGCUAAUGAUGCGCACAAGUACCAGCCUGUGUCUUCUUCGGAGCACGAGACUCAAGAUCAUCAAGUUCAACGGCAUCACAGCAUUGAAGAUCCAGCUGCUUUAGACCUGGACCGGCACCUGGAAUCUUUCAAGAAAAAGAAUAGAAAAAGAACAACUUUUAUAGUGAUGGGCGCUAUUGGGUUCUUCCUCUUCUUAUACUGGGCUAUUGCAGGCUCAAGUCAACGUUUAUCUCCAUCAUGUGACUCCGUUGACCUCGGUUUCCGAUGCCAACCACACAUCUCACAGUUCUGGGGUCAAUACUCCCCCUAUUUCAGCAUAUUAUCAGAAAUUCCCACCGGUGUGCCUGAUCAGUGCCAAAUCACCUUUGCUCAGAUCCUCUCCCGUCAUGGUGCUAGAGAUCCUACUUCCUCAAAGACGACCAAGUACGCGCAGCUAGUUGAUCGCAUCCACUCAAACGCAACAGCUUACGGAGCUGGUUACUCUUUCAUCAAGGACUACGAUUACGACCUGGGUGCGGACCAGCUCUCCAUUUUCGGCCAGCAGCAGAUGAUCAACUCGGGAAUCAAGUACUACGAACGAUACCAGGCGCUCGCCAAAGACAUUACCCCUUUCGUCCGCUCCUCCGGCCAGGAUCGAGUCGUAGAGUCCGCGAGGAACUGGACUCAAGGUUUCCACGACGCUCGUAUCAAAGACAAAAGAUCUAAAUCUGAGAAAGACGACUACCCCUACCCCAUACUCGUCAUCUCUGAAGACACUGGGUCAAACAACACCCUCGACCACGGCCUCUGCAAUGAGUUCGAAUCAGGCUUCGACUCCACGAUUGGGGACAGCGCCCAAGCAACUUGGGUCUCAAUCUUCACCCCCUCAAUCACAGACCGCCUAAACGAAAAUCUCCCAGGAGCAAAUAUCACCAACGCGGAAACAAUUAAUAUGAUGGAUCUCUGCCCCUUCAAUACUGUAGCCGAUUUACACGGCUUUAUCUCUCCAUUCUGCGCCCUAUUCACAGAAGAUGAAUGGCAUGCCUACGAUUACUACCAAUCUCUCGGAAAGUACUACAGCUAUUCCUGGGGUAAUCCGUUGGGAGCAACACAGGGUGUGGGAUUUACCAACGAGUUGAUUGCUCGAUUGACAAAUACGCCCGUUGACGACCAUACUUCUACCAACUCGACACUAGAUGAUUCGAGACAGACAUUCCCGAUAGGAGGGAAGACAGUUCUGUAUGCAGAUUUCAGUCACGAUAACGACAUGACUGGGAUUUUCAGCGCAAUGGGAUUGUACAAUGAGACGGCGCCACUACUGAACACCACUGUAGAGAGCGUGGAAAGCACGAACGGGUAUUCGGCUGCUUGGACCGUGCCGUUUGCUGCGAGGGCGUACUUUGAGAAGAUGAGCUGCGUAGGUACUUCUGAGGAGUUUGUGAGGAUUGUUGUGAAUGAUCGGGUUCUUCCUUUGAAAACUUGUGGUGGCGAUUACUUGGGGCGCUGUACGCUCAGCAACUUUGUGGACAGUUUGAGCUUCGCGAGGGAAGGGGGAGAUUGGGGCAAGUGUUUCGUGUAG